AUGGAAUGGUGUAACCAAUGCACUUCUAUCAAGUAUCUAUUCAAAUACAUUCACAAAGGAUAUGACAGAAUUGGUGCAAGUGUGGUUGCUUCUAAGGCAAACACCGGACAACAACAUGAAUGUGUAGAUGAGAUCAAACAAUAUCUCGAUUGUAGGUAUGUUUCUCCGAGUGAGGCGUGUUGGCGAAUAUUUUCAUACAAGGUUCAUGGAAGGAAACCUGCUGUUGAGCGAAUGUUUUUCCAUCUCAUCGGUGAAAAGGCUGUCUAUUAUAAAGAUUGUGAACAAAUGGAGCAUGUAUUAGAAAGUGCAAGCGUAACAGAAUCCAUGUUCACGUCUUGGCUUGUAGCAAAUGCAACAUAUGCGGAAGCCCGGUCAUUGACAUAUGGUGAAUUUGUUACAAAGUUUGUUUAUGUUAAGAGAAACAGAAUGUGGAAGCCACGUAAAAGAGGGUUCACUAUCGGACAUUUGGUGUGGGUUCCACCGACAACCGGUGAACUUUUCUAUUUGAGGAUGAUGUUGACGGUGGCUAAGGGCCCAACUUGCUAUGAAGAUAUCAGGAGGGUCGGUGAAACACAAUAUGACACCUUUAGAGAAGCAUGCUUUGCUAUGGGAUUCUUAGAUGACGAUCGAGAAUACAUAUGUGCGUUAAAGGAGGCAAGCGCUUGGGGGACAGGUCAUUAUCUUAGAAAGCUGUUUGUUGUUAUGUUUUUAUCAGGUGCUGUAAACCGUCCUGCCCAUGUAUGGAAGGAAUCAUGGAUUCUAUUAGCCGAUGGUCUCUUGUACGAACAAAAACAAAUUGCCAACAAUCCAGGUACAGAACUUUGUCAGAUUGAAAAAAUGCUGCAACUUAACCAUCGCACCCUGCAUGAUUUCAAGCCCAUACCUUAUCCGAAUGACUAUGUUAUUCAACAACUAGGAAACCGGCUUAUUUACGAUGAAAGACAGUACAAUAUCCAGGACAUGAAGGUGGAAUUUGAUAAGCUAUUCAAGUGUCUCACUGACGAACAGAGGAAGAUUUUCGACCAAAUCAUGGAUGCCGUCAACAAACAACAAGGUGGUGUCUUCUUCCUGCACGGUUACGGCGGAACCGGUAAGACAUAUAUGUGGAGAACACUUGCAAGUGCAUUGAGAUCUAAGCAUGAGAUUUGUCUAACUGUUGCAACAAGUGGGAUAGCAUCUCUUUUGUUGCCAGGGGGUCGUACAGCUCAUUCCAAGUUCAAGUUGCCAGUUCCAUGUGUUGAGAACUCGACUUGCAAAAUUAAUUUCAAUGACCCUAGCGCUGGUCUUCUAAGGGAGGCAAAGCUGAUUAUAUGGGACGAGGCCCCAAUGGCACACAAAUAUUGUUUUGAAACGCUGGACAGGACUUUGAAGGAUGUCAUGAGUAAUUACGGUAACUCCGAUACUAUUUUCGGAGGCAAGGUUGUGAUUUUUGGUGGGGAUUUUCGUCAGAUAUUACCCGUUGUACCUGGAGGAAGUCGUUCUGACAUUGUCCAUUCAACAAUUAACGCUUCCUACAUUUGGCAUUAUGUUAAAGUAUUGAAUUUGACCAAAAACAUGCGUCUAUCCUCCGGACCAACUGAGCAAGAUAAAAAGGAAAUUGCGGAUUUCUCUGAUUGGCUUUUAAAGAUAGGAGAGGGACGAAUUUCUGAACCUAACGACGGUUAUGCUAACAUUGACAUACCACCCGAACUUUUAAUUACAGACUUCGAUGACCCUAUUCAAGCUAUAGUGGAGAGUACGUAUCCUGAUUUCUUAAAUUGUUACCAAUCGACUGAUUAUCUAAAAAAUAGGGCCAUUCUUGCUUCCACUUUGGACAUUGUUGACAAUAUCAAUGACCAUAUCCUUGCCAUUAUGCCAGGGGAAAUAAGAGAUUACUACAGCUCUAACUCAGUGGAUCGAUCAGAAAUCCAUGACAGCAAUAUUCUUCAGGUCCUUAGCCCAAAAUUCCUCAGCUCCUUAAGAACUUCUGGCCUACCCAACCAUCACUUAAAGUUAAAGGUUGGAACACCAAUCAUGCUUAUGCGAAACAUUGAUCAAUCCCAAGGUCUGUGUAAUGGGACAAGGCUUAUAAUAACUAAUAUGGCUGCUCAUGUGCUUGAGGCCAAAUUGAUGGGUGAUAACAAUAAUGGGAAAGUUAUAUACAUCCCGCGAAUGGAUAUGUCCCUGUCUCAAUCACCUUGGCCAUUCAAGUUAUCAAGACGACAAUUUCCUGUUAUUGUAGCCUACGCCAUGACCAUUAACAAAUCUCAAGGCCAAUCGUUGGAUUGGGUUGGACUCUAUAUACCUCGAGAUGUUUUCACACAUGGACAGAUUUAUGUUGCCGUUUCACGAGUUACAACUAAAAGAGGUAUCAAGAUAUUGAUACAUGAUGAUAAAAACAUCCCAAAGCUUUCAACAUGUAAUGUUGUAUAUAAGGAGGUUUUUAACAACAUAUAG